AAACCAAAAACACUUCGGAGCCCUCAAAUUUCCCCCUUCAUCUUUCAAGCUAAGCAACCACCGCCGCGAUGGCCCUGACUAAUAUGCUUCGCCGCCUAAUCUUCUCCCGGGCCUUCUCUUCCCACGACGGUCCAAGCCGAUGGACGACGCCCGGUCACCAGGAGCGUCCCAAUGGUUACCUCUUCAACAGGAUCCCACCACCUCCGGGCCAAUCCCGUAAAUGGGAAGAUUGGGAGCUGCCUUGCUACGUCACAAGUUUCCUCACCAUCGUCAUCCUUGGUGUUGGACUGAACGCCAAGCCUGAUCUCACUAUCGAGACUUGGGCUCAUCAAAAAGCCCUCGAAAAACUCGCCGCCGAGUCGUCCUCUUCUUCGACUGACUGAGAUAAUUUGAGGGCGAACUUCAAUCGAGAUCUGUUGGGUACGGAUCUUUGCGAACUCUUCGUUUUCUGUUGAUAGGAUGUGUAGUUCUAAUAAAAAAUCUAGCCUUUUUUUAAGAUUGAACGGUUUGUAGUUGCUGAAAUUUCAUGAUCUUUUAAUUGGAUUUACGUUUUUGAUGAUGAUGAAGUCAUUGCCUUA